AGUAUCGUGUUAUAAAGGAGACGGUACAGAAUGGCUCCUUGACUUUUAGAGUAACCAAUAGUUAUUCCAAUACAGCCAAACACAGUGAAAACUUUAGUGCGGGAAUAACCUCAAUUUUAAAUUUUGUCGGCAGAGUGACCAUUUAUGUUGUUUUCCUUCAGUCAUAUCUUCCGGGAAUACAGUCUUCACUGGUGCUCGCCAUUGUGUAACGUUGUAGGGUCUUGCGGCGUGGACUCUCACAAUUUCGGAUAGUGAAGAAGGCCUUGUGCCUGGUGUUUUGAGAACUAAGUGUUAUAACAACCACAACCAUUUUUACCAACGUUGUUAACUAUCAACCAACGAUGACGGAGCUACAGGCGACGCCUGUUACUCAAGAUUCGUUGGCUGUUGCUCAGUUAGAAUUGGGUUCAAACCCUAAUGCUUUAGCUUUGCGACGACCUUUUGAUCCAGUUGCUCACGAUUUGGAACCGGGGUUUCGACUUACACGUUUUGCAGAUCUGAAAGGACGUGGGUGCAAAGUUCCUCAAGAAGUUCUUAGUAAACUCCUCGAAGGUUUACAUCAUGAUGAAAACAAUGCUCCAGACCACGAGCAUGCACAUUUUAUGCACAUGGCUAUUCCUAGAUAUGGUAUUGGUAUGGAUUCUUCAGUGACGCCACUUCGGCAUGGGGGACUCUCCCUUGUUCAAACAACUGAUUUCUUUUAUCCGUUGGUGGAUGAUCCUUAUAUGAUGGGUAAGAUAGCCUGUGCGAAUGUCAUCAGUGACCUCUAUGCAAUGGGUGUAACGGAAGUUGAUAACAUGCUCAUGCUUCUUGGAGUGUCCACCAAAAUGACCGAAAAGGAGAGAGACGUAGUUAUACCACUUAUCAUGAGAGGUUUUAAGGACUCGGCAAUGGAAGCGGGGACUACAAUCUCUGGCGGACAAACGGUUGUGAACCCUUGGUGUACAAUCGGUGGUGUUGCCUCAACUGUGUGUCAACCCAAUGAGUAUAUUGUUCCUGACAACGCGGUGGUGGGUGAUGUGCUGGUGCUAACGAAGCCACUUGGCACUCAGGUGGCUGUUAACGCUCAUCAGUGGCUCGACCAACCCGAGCGCUGGAACCGGAUCAAAUUGGUUGUCUCUGAAGAAGACGUGAGGAAGGCAUAUCAGCGGGCCAUGGAUUCAAUGGCGAGGUUAAAUCGAAUUGCUGCCAGAUUGAUGCACAAAUACAAUGCCCAUGGAGCCACAGACGUUACAGGAUUUGGCUUGUUGGGCCAUGCCCAGACUCUAGCAAAACACCAGAAGAACGAAGUCUCUUUCGUUAUCCACAAUCUUCCUGUUAUAGCCAAGAUGGCUGCUGUGGCUAAAGCAUGUGGAAACAUGUUCCAACUUUUACAAGGACAUUCAGCAGAAACAUCAGGAGGAUUGUUGAUCUGUUUACCACGAGAACAGGCUGCUGCAUACUGCAAAGACAUAGAGAAACAGGAAGGUUACCAAGCGUGGAUCAUUGGAAUCGUAGAGAAAGGAAACAGGACUGCUCGAAUCAUAGACAAGCCGAGAAUCAUUGAAGUGCCUACAAAAGAAAAGGAAGGCGAGCUGUGGUAGUUGUAAAAAUCUUUAUAUUUAAGGCCAAAUAUUUUUACAUAAAAUUUACAUUUGUUGGUGACUUUUGUAGUCAUUCCACUCCGGUAUGAAGGAGAACUGCUGAGAUCGAUUUUUACUUGUUCUUUUUAUAACUCCGUUAAACGUGAUUUGCAAUUUUGGAAAUCUGUAAACUGCAGUUAUUUUUAAAAAGUGUUGAUUUUUGUUCAAGUGAAUACUGUAACAUUAUUGUUAUUUUGUUUAUGUUUAAGGCUAUUUUAAUUUGUGUAAUUGCUAGUAAACAUCUAAGUAUCCAUCUGGUACAAAGCAUCACAAUGACAGUGUCGUUGAAGGAUAUUAUUUUACACAACUAACUUAAUAGCUUUUUGUUAUUUUUUGAUUGUGAUCCGUUUUGGUUUACUGAAUUUUAUGACAACAUGUUGUAUGUAUGAAAAUUUACUAAUAAACUCUAAACAAAUGAA